AACAACAGCAGGUCGCUUACACAAUCAAGGCCGACCUAGCAUGAAAGCAACCGACAAAACACAGGGAUUGACAUCUAAAUUAAAAGCAUUGUAUACCCCUUAAAGUGACAGGGCAAACAACGUUGUAUAACUGACAAAUUGGAGAUAAAAUAUUACACGUAUUCACCUGUGCUGAACCUCCAUACGGCACGUUUCUAUCGCUAAAACCGCGGAAGUUUUAUGGCUGUCAUUAUGGUUAAUAACAUCGGAAACCAACACGCUACACAGAGUCAUUUCUUGUAGGUCAGCAACAGCUGCGACGUGCAUGUCUUUUCCACGCUCAUUUUUCACACUUAGUAUACGUGAAAAUCAGAUAUUGCACGCUGUUGUCAUAAUAGCGAAACACGCUACUAGCUGAAGGCUGGACGUUAUCUACAAGUGUUUGAGUAACACAGUUUGGUGCUAUAUUUGGUAUGAAUAUGGAUGACUUGGAUACAGCUGGUGGGUCCUCCUGUUGUGAGUUGGUGGUUUUACUGGUUUAGCCGGAGAACCUGAGCUCCUAAAGAUGGCCGACGACUUCGAACAUCACAACAUCGUAAACGCGAGUCUCUCUCCAUGGAUGCCCACAAGUCUGUACGACACUACAACAUCAGCACAAGUGAAUAGCGUGGAUGUGUUAAGCACGGGACUAGCGGCUACAGUCGGCAGGAGUGUUGUACUGGCGGUUGUGCUGUUGUUAUCGCUGGUUGGAAACAUUCUCGUCUGCUACGUUUUUGUCAGGAAACCCGUGAUUCUAGCGGACGUGGGGCAUCGCUUCGUCCUCAACCUGGCCUGUUGUGACAUAGGUAUCACUCUUCUCGUCAUCCCCUUCUCCCUGACGUCAUCCAUCUACAACCAAUGGGUGCUCGGGCCUGAGUGGUGCCAAGGUCAAGGGUUCAUCGGCAACCUUCUCUUCUGCGCGUCCAUCCUGACGCUCGCCGUGGUCUCCGUGGAUCGCUUCUCCGCCAUCUUGCGGCCGCUGCAGUACAACAGCACCUUCACGUCCAGGUGGUCGGUGGGCGUCAUCGCUGCAGUUUGGGUGGCUUCCGCAUGUUUCGCUUUACCACCGCUCGUCGGGUGGGGGCGGUACGGUUAUCAGGACGCCAAGUUUCACUGCACAUUGUCCUGGCUGGAAGACGAAAACAUGAGCUAUGCUCCUUUCCUGAUCGUGGUGGCAGGGGCAGUGCCUAUAGUGGUGAUGCUAUUUUCCUACGGCUGGAUAGGACAGACUGCCUUCAGCCACAGACGCCGACUAAACAGAAUACAACCGCACUCCUGUAAAGUCACAGGCGGACCCACGUUCCGCAAACAAGACUGCAAGGCCGCGAGAACGAUAUUCUGUAUCACCGCGGGGUUUGUGGUGUGCUGGGUGCCUUACCUUGUCGUCACAAGCGUGGAGCUAGGCGGGAUGGAGGUCCCAGCAGACGUGGAGACAACGGCAGUGUGGUUAAGAUUCGUAGCCUGUGUCGUGAACCCGUUUAUCUAUGGCUACAUGAACAGGAUGAUCCGCAAGACAGUGUGGAAGCUGUUCAAGAGGAAAGCGGUGGAUCAAGGAACUACGACAACAGUUGUGGGAACGGACGAUCUCUGGAACUCCGCCACAGCCGCGCCCGCACAAUUCGCAACGACAAAUACUCAAACAUCGAGACUGUCGACCGUGAACUUGAUAAAUGACAGAGCUGACGCGGUCAGAAAUGAUAGAGAACAAGCAGGGGUGUCGGGACUGCGGAGAACAGACACCGUGGUAAGGUUUGCUGACGAGACGGAGACAAUUGUCGCAGCGCCGAUAGAGGAAAGCAGUUUGGACAGAGAAGUUUCUGAUGACGUAACGUUACGGCAAGAGGAUUUACCUGGCGUUCCACUGCCGACACCGUCAGAAUGAUAAACAUCUUCACGUCAGUUUUUGGAUCUUCAGCAUUCUAUUUUCUUAAUAAAUGUGUUGUUUAAUGCCA